GACAGACGCAGCGUGGUGACGUCACAGGCUGUGUUCCGGGUCUGGAGAGCAGCAGAGAGGUUGGUUCUGGUUAUUAUUGUCGUAAUGUUGAUAAAUAGCCGGUAAUGGGGGUGUCUGUGCGGUAAAUAAGCCACAAACCGACCCCACUGCCUGUAAUCAGGCAGCACUGGCCGACCACCACACCUUGUAUUAACACAGCAGCAGCAGGCUGCCAUCAUUAUCCCUAAGCAUUACAGGUAAACCGGCUCCAUGGCUGGCACUGCCUGAAUCAGGGCAGACAGCAUUAACAUUACUCCAUCCAUACCACCCAAGCGGCCCUGCUUACAAGGGACAGUCCCUAUUCUGGGUCCAAAUACCUCUGUCCCUCUUUCCUAUCCUAAUGUCAAUUUGUCUUUCUUUCUAGGAGCUCCAUAUUGUGUCUGAGUAUAUACCAGAGCUCCUCAGUAACAAUACUCCCAGUAAUGUGUCUGAGUGUAUACCAGAGCUCCACAGUAAUAAUACUCCCGGUAAUGUGUCUGAGUGUAUAACAAAGCCCCACAGCAAUAAUACUCCCAGUAAUGUGUCUGAGUGUAUACCAGAGCUUCACAGCAAUAAUACUCCCGGUAAUGUGUCUUAGUGUAUAACAGGGCUCCACAGCAAUAAUACUCCCGGUAAUGUGUCUGAGUGUAUAACAAAGCCCCACAGCAAUAAUACUCCCAGUAAUGUGUCUGAGUGUAUACCAGAGCUCCACAGUAAUAAUACUCCCAGUAAUGUGUCUGAGUAUAUCAGAGCUCCACAGCAAUAAUACGCCCAGUAAUGUGUCCGAGUGUAUAACAGAGCUCCACAGCAAUAAUACUCCCAGUAAUGUGUCUGAGUACAUCAGAGCUCCACAGCAAUAAUACGCCUAGUAAUGUGUCUGAGUGUAUAACAGAGCUCUACAGUAAUAAUACUCCCAGUGAUAUGUCUUUAAAUUACAAUAAAUGUGUUUCAAAAUCAGUCUGUGUAAAUAAGAUACAUUGUUCGUAUUCUAAAAUCUAAAUUACAUUUUAGUUCUUUAAAUUAUUAGGAAGUCCCCUUAAAUUUCCUUGGCCGCUCAUACCCCUAAAAUUGAAGUGUCCAUUUUUGACCCUUUAGAAUAUUCGGAGGUAACUAAUGUAGGGAUCGACCGAUUAUCGGUUUUACCGAUAUAAUCGGCCGAUAUUCGGUAUUUUCGCCAAUAUUGGUAUCGGCCAAUUCAGAUACCGAUAGUUCCGAUAAUACUUCCUAGGACCGCCAGGCUCAUUACAAGCCCGGCGGUCCUGGGGGGGCGGGCAGCAAGCGCUUACACACCUCACAGCAGCUCCCCAGUGUAACUCUCGCGUGACCCGCGGCCGUCCGAGCGUUGCCAUGGGAUACCAUGGCAACGAUCCGCGCAGCACGCUGGCCGCGAGAGUUACACUGGAGAGCUGAAGGAGCUGCUGGGAGGUGAGCCAAUACCACUGGACCACCAGGGACUGCUAUAUCCCCCCUCUCUGGCCAGGUAUGAAACAGGGAGGAGGGACAACAAAAAUAAAUAAUUAAAUAUAUAUAUAUAUAUAUUAAAAAAAUGUGAUAAAAAAUGCCCCCCUCACACACACACACUCCAUUAUAUACACAUACACAUACACUACACAAACGCAGUGUGUGUUUGUAUAGUGUGUGUUUGUAUAGUGUGUGUGUAUAUAAUGCAGUGUUUGUGUAGUGUGUUUAUAUAAUGCACACUACACAAACACACUGCAUUAUAUAUACACACUAUACAAACACACUGAAUUAUAUAUACACACUAUACAAACACACACUGCAUUAUAUACACACACUAUACAAACACACUGCAUUAUAUACACACUAUACAAGCACACUGCAUUAUAUACAAACACACUACACACUACAUUAUAUACACACACUCUGCAUUAUAUACACACACACACUACACAAACACACUGUGUAUAUAAUGCAGUGUGUGUGUAGUGUGUAUACAAUGCAGUGUUUGUGUAGUGUGCGUAUGUAAUGCAGUGUGUGUCUAUAACGCAGUGUGUGUAUACAAUGCAGUGUUUGUGUAGUGUGUGUGUGUGUGUGUGUAUAAUGCAGUGUGUGUGUAGUGUGCGUAUAUAAUGUAGUGUGUGUAUAUAAUUAAUGCUGUGUGUGUUUGCAUAGUGUGUUUAUAUAAUGCACACUAUACAAACACACACACACUACAUUCAUUAUAUACACUACACAAACACACACACUUUGCAUUUAGUAAAUACUGCAUUCACUUUACGCACACUACCCACACACUACACAAACACUUUGCUUUCAUUAUAUACACACUACACUAAUACACACUGCAUCCACUACACUUGGCAUGUAUAUUUUGUGCAUUUAUCUUUAGAUAUAGUUUUUAUUUUCCAAAAUGGUAAAUGUACAGAAUAUCGGCAAAUUAUAUCGGCUAUCGGCCUGAAAGUUCACAGAAUAUCGGUAUCGGCUCUAAAAAAUCAUCCCUAAACUAAUGUACAAACUGCAGGGUUGAGAAGAGAGGAAUGGACAGUGACAUCUCACUUGUGAUGUUACAGCCCUCACACAUUUGUGGGCAUGGAUUAGAUGUAGGGUAAGCUUUACUUCGGUGUAACGCCCUGGAAGAGAAAAUGUCCUCUGUAAUCAGGCUGGGAGGAAUAAAACUAAUUGAUAGUAAGCAAUGUGUAUUAAGCAGUUUAAUGUGAUCUUUAUUCCAUUGACUAUGUAGACUUACUUUCACCAGGAGGUAAGAAAAACCCUUGUUCUGAAAGUCUUCAGUUAUACAUUUGCAGACAUACAAUUAUACAUUUAACUUUCAUAUUUAAAAAAAAAUGAUUUAACAUUACCAGAUACUGUUAAAUGUAUAAUAUUUGAUACUAGGCUUUUUACAUUAAAGUAUGUUGUGAGUUCCAUUGUUCGCGGAGACUAUUUACACCAGCCAAAUUUUUUUUUAUUUUUUUUUAUUAAUGUGACUUAGGAGUUAAACUUUCUUGUUUUUGUGCAGGUCAUGGAUUCCCGCUUUAGCAGAGGAAAGUCAACCAUUUUGGAGCGCUCAUUGGCCCGGCCGAAAACUGAAGUGAGCCUCAGUGCUUUUGCUCUGCUCUUCUCUGAAAUAGUUCAGUACUGUCAGAACCGUGUGUACUCCGUGUCUGAGCUACAGACCAAACUGUCAGAGCUCGGCCAACAAGUAGGAUGUCGCAUCCUUGACCCGUUGGUUAUGCGUGAAAAGAAUGGGAAACGUGAGACGAAGGUGAUAAGCGCCCUCCUUUUCAUAAAGGUCAAUGCUUGGAAAGCACUUUUCGGAAAGGAAGCAGAUAAGCUAGAGCAGGCAAACGAUGAUGAUAAAACCUACUACAUUAUAGAGAAGGAGCCUCUUAUAAAUUCCUAUAUAUCUGUCCCAAAAGAGAACAGCACGUUAAACUGUGCUUCGUUUACAGCUGGUAUUGUGGAGUCGCUACUGACCUGUAGCGGUUUUCCUGCUAAAGUGACAGCGCACUGGCACAAGGGAACCACUCUUAUGAUUAAAUUUGAUGAGUCAGUAAUCAUUCGGGACAAAGCAUUGGAUGGACGCUGAAAUGCAUUUGGACAAGAACAGACUACAAGCGUAUACGAGAAGUCAUUUUUAUUCACUCCAACGUGUAGUCAGUAUGGUUGACCGUAUAGUUUUGUAAUUUUGUGUGCAUAAGAAGGAAGUUUUAAGGGUUAUUGUUUUUUUUGUAGAUACUAUUAUUAAGGACUUCAGAACUUUGAUUUCUCAGGCACUUUUUCAGGGUUUUUUUUUAUUUUCUUUUUCUUUUUCUAGGAACCUACAUGGAACCAAAAAAUAUCACAAAACUAAAAUGUGUUGGUUUAUUAUUUUUGGUAAAAUAUGCGUGAUUUAAUGAUUUGGGUCCAAUGUAAAUUACUUGUAUCAUGGUUGGAGGAUUGAUUAAAAACAUACCAUCUGCUUCAGC